GAAAAAUUAAAUAUAAUAAAAUGUUGAAAUAUAUGAUUAUUGCUUAAAAUAUCGACCACCAGAUCUAUACAAUUAUACAGAGGCCAACGAUUGUAUCUAUAAAUAAACUCACAGAGCCACUCUCCUUCCUCGCUCUCUCUUCUUCGUAGCCAAACCUCUUUCUCCGAUUCUUCCUCCGUGAGUUAAAAAAAAAGAAAUCAAAAUGGCUUCACACAUUGUUGGAUAUCCACGUAUGGGCCCUAAGAGAGAGCUCAAGUUCGCGUUGGAAUCAUUCUGGGAUGGCAAGAGCACUGCUGAGGAUCUUCAGAAGGUGUCUGCUGAUAUCAGGUCGGGUAUCUGGAAGCAGAUGUCUGAGGCUGGGACCAAGUACAUCCCCAGCAACACCUUUGCUCACUACGACCAGGUUCUCGACACCACCGCCAUGCUCGGUGCUGUUCCACCCAGAUACGGUUACACCAGUGGUGAGAUCGGUUUGGAUGUUUACUUCUCCAUGGCAAGAGGAAACGCCUCUGUUCCCGCCAUGGAGAUGACCAAGUGGUUUGACACCAACUACCAUUACAUUGUUCCUGAGUUGGGCCCUGACGUCAAGUUCUCUUACGCAUCUCACAAGGCUGUGAAUGAGUACAAGGAGGCCAAGGCACUUGGUGUUGACACCGUCCCUGUACUUGUUGGCCCUGUCUCUUACUUGUUGCUUUCUAAGGCUGCCAAGGGUGUGGAGAAGUCCUUUGACCUUCUUUCUCUUCUCCCCAAAAUUCUCCCUGUCUACAAGGAAGUGAUCACCGAGCUUAAGGCAGCUGGUGCCACCUGGAUUCAGCUUGACGAGCCUGUCCUUGUCAUGGAUCUUGAGGGCCACAAACUCCAGGCCUUCACUGGGGCUUAUGCUGAACUUGAAUCAACUCUGUCUGGUUUGAAUGUUCUUGUUGAGACCUACUUCGCUGAUAUCCCUGCUGAAGCAUACAAGACCCUAACUUCGUUGAAGGGUGUGACUGCCUUUGGAUUUGACUUGGUUCGUGGCACAAAGACCCUUGAUUUAGUCAAGGCUGGUUUCCCCGAGGGAAAGUACCUCUUCGCUGGUGUUGUUGAUGGAAGGAACAUCUGGGCCAAUGACUUUGCUGCGUCUCUCAGCACCUUGGAGGCACUUGAGGGUGUUGUUGGAAAAGACAAGCUUGUGGUCUCAACCUCUUGCUCUCUUCUCCACACCGCCGUCGAUCUUGUAAACGAGACCAAGCUUGACGACGAAAUCAAAUCAUGGUUGGCGUUUGCUGCCCAGAAGUUCGUUGAAGUGAACGCAUUGGCCAAGGCUUUGGCUGGUCAGAAGGAUGAGGCCCUUUUCUCCGCCAACUCUGCUGCUUUGGCUUCAAGGAGGUCUUCCCCAAGAGUCACCAAUGAGGGUGUUCAGAAGGCUGCUGCUGCUCUGAAGGGCUCAGACCAUCGUCGUGCAACCAAUGUUAGCGCUAGGCUAGAUGCUCAACAGAAGAAGCUUAACCUCCCAAUCCUGCCAACCACCACCAUUGGAUCCUUCCCCCAGACUGUAGAGCUCAGGAGAGUUCGCAGAGAAUACAAGGCUAAGAAGGUUUCCGAGGAGGACUAUGUUAAAGCCAUGAAGGAAGAGAUCAAGAAAGUUGUUGACCUCCAAGAGGAACUUGACAUUGAUGUUCUCGUUCACGGAGAGCCAGAGAGAAACGACAUGGUUGAGUACUUUGGGGAGCAGUUGUCUGGUUUUGCCUUCACUGCAAACGGAUGGGUCCAAUCUUAUGGAUCUCGUUGUGUGAAGCCACCAGUUAUCUACGGUGAUGUGAGCCGUCCCAAGGCAAUGACCGUCUUCUGGUCCGCAAUGGCUCAGAGCAUGACCUCUCGCCCAAUGAAGGGUAUGCUUACCGGCCCUGUCACCAUUCUUAACUGGUCCUUCGUCAGAAACGACCAGCCCAGGCACGAGACCUGUUACCAGAUCGCUUUGGCCAUCAAGGACGAAGUUGAGGAUCUUGAGAAAGGUGGAAUUAAUGUGAUUCAGAUUGAUGAGGCUGCACUCAGAGAAGGAUUACCACUCAGGAAAUCCGAGCACGCUUUCUACUUGGACUGGGCUGUUCACUCCUUCAGAAUCACCAACUGUGGCGUCCAAGAUACCACCCAGAUCCACACUCACAUGUGCUACUCUCACUUCAAUGACAUCAUACACUCCAUCAUCGACAUGGAUGCUGAUGUGAUCACCAUCGAGAACUCCCGAUCUGAUGAGAAGCUUCUCUCUGUGUUCCGUGAGGGAGUGAAGUACGGUGCUGGAAUUGGUCCAGGUGUCUACGACAUCCACUCCCCAAGAAUACCAUCCUCUGAGGAAAUCGCAGACAGAGUGAACAAGAUGCUUGCUGUCCUAGAGCAGAACAUCCUUUGGGUGAACCCUGACUGUGGUCUCAAGACCCGUAAGUACACAGAGGUCAAGCCGGAAGGUCCAGACGAGUCUAAACCACCACCAGAGACAAAAGAUGGCCCUGCUGAAGUGAAAGAAACCGCCGAACCGCCACCACCGCCGGAGAAUCCGCCAGCUGAAGGUCCCAAGCCUAACGAGGAUGCCUCACCACCGUCACAGGAAAAUGCUACGGUUGGUGGAGAAGAACCACCGGCGACUGAACCAAAUCCGCCACCUGAAGCAGUGUCAGACGGCCCAAAAUUACCGGCGGAAGAGCCACGACAGAAUCAACCGGAAAGUGAAGAUAUUCUACUCGAAACAAGCGACGCGGAGAGCUGGGUUUCGGCGCCGCGAUCACCGUUACCGGGAGUUACCAUUUCAAGAUCCGUCUCCGGUUCAAUACCCAAACCCAAAACCGGAGGCCCGCAACCACUUCCGAGAAGCUUAUCAGAAACCGCCAGUUACACCUCAGAGAUCUCCGACGUGUCAACGAUCGAACGGUCCACGUUUGACCUGGUGGAGAAGAUGCAUUACGUCUUCGUCCGCGUCGUGAAAGCUCGCUCCCUACCAACCUCCGGGAGUCCAAUCACAAAGAUCUCACUCUCCGGCACAACCAUCGAAUCAAAACCGGCGAGAAAAACCUCAACGUUCGAGUGGGAUCAAACCUUCGCCUUCCUCCGCGACUCGCCGGAUACAUCUUCCUCUCCGAUUCUCGAGAUCUCCGUGUGGGAGGGAACCGACGGUACACACUUCCUCGGCGGAAUCUGCUUCGACGUUUCGGAGAUUCCGCUCCGAGACCCGCCGGAUAGUCCGUUAGCUCCGCAGUGGUACCGUCUCGAAGGAGGUGGAGCUCACCACGGGGAUCUGAUGCUCGCCACGUGGACGGGAACUCAAGCUGACGAGUCUUUCCCCGACGCGUGGAAGACUGAUACAGCCGGAAACGUGACUGCACGUGCGAAAGUUUACAUGUCGCCGAAGCUGUGGUAUCUUCGCGCUACUGUGAUGGACGCUCAAGAUCUGUUACUGCCUCAGUUAACGGCGUUUAAAGAAGCGUCGUUUCAACUGAAAGCUCAGUUAGGUUUUCAAGUGCAGAAAACCAAACCCGCCGUCACUCGUAACGGAGCGCCGUCAUGGAACGAAGAUCUACUCUUCGUAGCCGCUGAGCCUUUCGCUGAUCAGCUUGUUUUCACAUUGGAGUAUCGGACGUCGAAAGGACCGGUCACCGUCGGGAUGGCACGCGUGCCGCUCACCGCGAUCGAGAGGCGCGUCGACGAGCGUUUGGUUGCUUCAAGAUGGUUCGGUUUCGAGGAUCCGAACGACGAGAAGAGAGGGAACAGAUCUAGAGUACACCUGAGACUCUGCUUCGACGGCGGAUAUCACGUGAUGGACGAGGCGGCUCACGUGUGUAGCGAUUACCGGCCGACGGCGAGGCAGUUAUGGAAACCGGCGGUUGGUAUCGUCGAGCUCGGUCUGAUCGGUUGUAAGAAUCUGCUGCCGAUGAAGACGGUGAACGGAAAAGGAUCGACGGACGCGUACACGGUGGCGAAAUACGGUUCCAAAUGGGUCCGUACCCGAACCGUAUCGGAUUCACUAGAUCCGAAAUGGAACGAGCAGUACACGUGGAAAGUAUACGAUCCGUGUACGGUCCUGACCGUAGGAGUCUUCGAUAGCUGGGGAGUAUACGAGAUCGACGGUGGAAAAGAAGCCACGCGUCAAGAUCUUCGAAUCGGGAAAGUGCGUAUACGUAUAUCCACCUUGGAGACGGGUAAAGCGUAUAGAAAUACGUAUCCCUUGCUGAUGUUAGUUAACGGAGGCGUUAAAAAACUAGGGGAGAUAGAACUGGCCGUUAGAUACCUGAGAUCAGCUCCACCGUUGGAUUUCUUACACGUGUACAGUCAACCUUUAUUGCCUUUGAUGCACCACAUCAAACCGUUGACUCUGUUUCAAGAAGACAUGCUCAGAAACACCGCCGUGAAAAUACUGGCCGUACACUUGUCACGAUCUGAGCCUCCUCUAAGGCCUGAGAUUGUACGGUACAUGCUCGACGCCGAUUCACACACUUUCAGCAUGCGUAAAGUCCGAGCAAACUGGCUCCGCAUUGUCAACGUCGUCGCCGGGAUGAUCGACGUGGUGCGGUGGGUGGACGACACGCGUUUCUGGAGGAAUCCGACGGCGACUCUUCUCGUUCACGCGCUCGUCGUGAUGCUGAUUUGGUUCCCGGAUCUCAUCGUUCCGACAAUAGCUUUUUACUUGUUCGUAAUCGGUGCCUGGAACUACAGAUUCAGGUCACGCGCUGCUCUCCCUCACUUCGAUCCAAGGCUCUCCCUGGCUGAUGCAGCCGAUAGAGAAGAGCUGGAUGAAGAGUUUGACGUUGUCCCGAGUAACCGGCCGCCGGAGAUGGUCCGGUCGAGGUACGAUAAGCUGCGAGCUGUGGGUGUUCGAGUUCAGACGAUUCUUGGUGAGGUGGCGGCGCAGGGGGAGAAGAUGCAGGCUUUGGUGACGUGGAGGGAUCCAAGAGCGACGGGUAUAUUCGUGGGGCUGUGUUUAGUGGUGGCGUUGGUGUUGUAUCUUGUGCCGACGAAGAUGGUGGCGAUGGCGUCGGGGUUUUAUUAUUUCCGGCAUCCGAUAUUCCGUGAUAGGAAACCUUCUCCGAUGAUAAACUUUUUCAGGCGACUACCUUCGUUAUCUGAUCGGCUCAUGUGAUGGAAUAAAAGCGCGGGUUCGGUAAAAUAUGUUUUUGAAUUAUUUGAAUAAUUGUGGGUAUUUUUGUGGCGCAGAUUGUAUAUAGUUUGGGUUGUUUAAGCUUAUUGGGCCUUCUUGUGACAUUAUAGGCCCACUAGUUGAAUUAUAUUAG